UAGUCAGGUGAAAGUACCUCUGACAGCUCUAAGAGCAGAAGCGUCCAGGGGUACGAGUACAGGCGAUUGAAAUCGACCCAGAUCUACAUUUUAAUGUCAGGUAAAAAUGUCUAUGCGGUUAACAAUGCUUAGCAUUUUGCAACCAUUGCUUCAACACUUGAAAACUCAAACGCGAAUAGUUAUGGUGACAUUUAAAUGCAAGAGGCGCUUUUAAAUAAUAAGCAUUAUACAAUAUCCAAAGGAUAAUAAUUAUAUGGUCUAUUGUGUUUGUGUACUUCUGUCUCUAGAUACAAAAUAACACACGAAAUAGUACUGAAAUAUCAAGUACCAAGAAUAAAAUGGUGUAAUAGGUACAUUACACAUAUACGUACAGUAUAGCGCAUCCGCUAUAUGUUUACGGCAGUGAAUUAUUAGACAGAGACACUAAUCUGCACAUACUCAGUCACUAGAGACGCUAUUAAUUGAGUUUAACCAGCAAUUGGUGGGACCCUGAAAGCAUCUGUUUACUCUCCGUACAGUAGGAAAUUUCAGUUUCAGUUCACAAGGAAAAUGAAGUGUUAUCACAGCACCAUUUUGAGGUUGUUAAAGUGCAACGACUGAUCAAGCCUCGUUAGCGUUCAUCCGCACUCGUUACAGUAACCGUCGCUCAACAAUAAAUCGCAGAAAUAAUCUUAAUCCCUGAUAUUUUUGUGCCACCAAAAAAAGCGACGGCAAUCAUAUAUUGAAUUCUAAGAAAAGAUUGAAAGUCGACUACAGAAAAUCCGCCCGGAUGAAAACUGUGAAUUUUCCGUGUUAUCUCAUCUCGCAAAUCUGAUUUUCUAACAAAGAAGCAGAAACGCUUGUCGUGGUCGCGUGUUACCCACAGGAUGUAGCCGCUGGCCGGGGCAGGGGAAAGUAGGCUAGUGUCGGUGUCAAAUGAGGCUGAGGUUGGAACUCACUCGGGUCUUUACGUGAAGCCGAGAACACCCGAAGGGCGAGCUUGUCACUGUAGCACGCGAGUUACCGUAACUGUACCGAAACUCCGCCAUUGGUUCCAACCGUUCAUCCACCGGGGAAAGGAGGCGGAGGCGAGCGGCUGAAUGACGGCCGCCGGAGCUCCCUGUUGACACUUAAGGACCGAGGCUGCCUCCGGGACCCACGCGGGCCUUCCUAUUCACAUUUACGCCGUGGAAAUAUCUGAUAAAGCCGGCGAGGGCGCCUAAACCCACCUUCUGCCGCCGGGGCAUGUCGCUCACCGUGUGGGGAGUGCGUGACAGGACGACACGGUGCCCGGGCAGCGCGGACCUGUACUCGGGCUGAUGAUCCGCAUUUGGCCCCGAGCAGGGAAGCCUUCAAAAAGCCCACACUAACCUCUCCGCCAGACCAGAGAGCAUGGGGAUCUACGGGCUCGACAGCCAAGCGCAGCCGUCCGGCGAAGUGUCCCGGACGGAGCAGCCGGCUGUUCCUCAGAUGGAGCGGGGAGAUGCUCCCCGGGAAGCGGACGGCGGCAAGGGUGACCGGUGCAAAACGGCGCCGGAGGACGGCACCGUGGAGCUGAUCGAGGCCGGGUGCAAGGCGCCCCCCCCGCCGCCGCCGCCGCCGCCGCCGGGGGUCGAGGCGGACGCGCGCGGCCACGGAGCCGGAUUCGCGCCGCCCGAGGGCGGGUUCGGCUGGCUGGUGGUGUUCGCCGCGACCUGGUGCAACGGCUCCAUCUUCGGGAUCCAGAACUCCUUCGGCAUCCUGCACGCGAUGCUGGCGAGCGAGCACGCGCACGAGGAGCAGGCGUCCGAGUUCAAAGUGGCCUGGGUCGGGGCCCUUGCUAUGGGCAUGAUCUUCCUCUGCUCACCUGUGGUCAGCAUGUUCACAGACCAUUUUGGCUGCAGGAAGACGGCUGUCAGCGGUGCGGCGCUGGCUUUUAUCGGACUCCUCAGUACAUCCUUUGCAAAUUCCCUGACCCUUCGCAUCUUCACAUAUGGAAUACUGUUCGGCUGUGGAUCCUCCUUUGCCUUCCAGCCCUCGCUGGUCAUCCUCGGGCAUUACUUCCGCCAGCGCCUGGGCCUGGCCAACGGCGUGGUCACGGGUGGCGCCAGCCUCUUUUCCAUGGUCCUCCCAGUUUUCCUCGACAAAGUGGCUGUGCCGCUGGGCCUCAGCAGGACCUUUCAGAUUCUCAGCGUCUUGAUGCUGGUCCAGGCCCUUCUGGCGCUCACGUUCAGACCUUUGCUCCCUGCUGGUGCAGGCAUGGGACCACCCGGUCUGGGGCCUGGCCCCGCUGAGGGCCAAACCCAGCCAGGGUCUGCAGCUCAGAGUGGGAGCAGGUGGAGCAGGGUACUGGCUACUGUCAGGAAAUACUUCAACCUGCGUGUCUUUCACAUUGUGACUUACCGGGUGUGGGCUUUCGGAAUAGCUACAGCUGUCCUGGGGUACUUUGUGCCAUACAUCCACCUGAUCAACUUUGUGAGGGAUCGGUUUAAGGAAACGACGAAGGAAUGGGUGCUCCUCGUGUGCAUCGGCGCUUCAUCUGGAGUGGGACGUCUGGCAUUUGGCAAGAUUGGAGACCUCAUUCCUGGUCUUCAAAAGAUUUAUAUGCAGGUGGUGUCCUUCAUGACUCUGGGCCUGAUGUCCAUCAUGAUUCCUCAGUGCUCAGCGUUCGAGGGCCUGGUGGUUGUGUGUGUGUUCCUGGGGCUGUGUGAUGGCUGCUUCCUCACCAUGAUGGCUCCCAUAGCGUUUGAGCUGGUGGGGCCCAUGCAGGCCUCGCAGGCCAUAGGUUACCUCCUAGGCCUCAUGGCUCUUCCCAUGACAGCUGGUCCACCCAUCGCCGGUCUGCUCCAUGACUAUUCCGGGAACUACACUGUGGCCUUCUCCGUGGCCGGGGUGCCUCCUAUCGUCGGGGGCAUGGUGCUUUUCUUUGUGCCCCUCAUACAUCGCAGGCUCCAGCGGAGCCAGGCAGCAGCAUCGCAAGAGGAGACGUCCACCACCGCCCAGAUGUUGCCCGGUGACCAGAAGUCCGGGGAACCCAAGAGCUGCUCUAAUGGAGACAUGCUGCCUGGCUACACCGACGUGGAGACGCACAUCUGAGACGCCCCGUGCGAAGGUAUUCAGCCCACCAGCACCUUUUGUCACCCUUGCAUUGGCCUCCUCCCAGAUGUCAAGCGUGGACUUUAGGGUGGCCGACCUUCAACCCCUCCUGGACCCUCACUGGCUUUUUAUCUUGAUGUGUAGAGACAUCAGACAGGGUGCUCUGGCUACACGCCGCAGAAAGGACAGAACGAGAGCAGAUCAGCAUAGGAUCAUGGAAGCAUCUUAAUGGAAGCAUCUUAAGAGGAUAAGCACAACGCACCCUCACCUAGGAGUCCUUUAUCUGUGCAGACGCUGCAGUGACACAUACAGCAGCUCUGAAGGUAAAGAAAGGAAGAGAUUUCAACUGACAGCAUUUUUCACGCUUUGUUUUAUAUUUCAGAUGAACACAUUAGGAUAAACCCAGAACUAAUGAAGGGAUACAUUCACAACCAUUUAUUCAACCCCUCUUGCAUCUAGUAUUCCAAACACAAAGGUUUGUGUAGAUCAGACACAAACUCACUGAUUGGUUUGCGGGCUUUCUCACAAUAACAAGAGAUUCUUGGAAACGGGACACAAUCGCCUCAUCUCAUCCACACGCCACACCGCACCACAACUUUGGCAAAGUUGCUCGUGCAUCUCCAGCUUGUUGGAAUCGGACGCAGCUGUGCACGGUUGCACAGCUGUUGAUUCCACUGCCUCGCGUGCUGCGAACCCUGGGGGUUUGGAUCUACAUCUUCAUCCCAGUUUUCAGUGCGGUUCAGUAACUUAGCAGUGGGUCGCCCUCAUCAUAUGCAGUCAUACAGUAGGUUAAAGGAAACGCGCUGUGAGAGCUGAUCUGCCCGAAUGACUGGACCUGAACACGGCUGUUCACAACAAGUCUUGUCCUGAGUUAGCCAUAACGUGUAGCUGUAGUUUUUACCCCAUUUACUCCUUUCAAAUUGUUUCCUAGGUGCUAGAUUCAUCCUAAGCUGUUACAAUUCACAAGUAGUUUUUUUUCAGUGGGCACCUUGUUUGCACAAAUAAGUAGAGAGAAUUGGGCUAAUAGAGAAAGAUAUUGUUACAGAUUGCAAACGCCUGGUGUUCUGCCUGGGUUUUUCGCAGCGGCAUUAUUCACUCGGCUCCUGUUUUUUGGGUCUUUUUGGGUAGUUUUUGGGAAGCAGUGGUAACGGACAAGCAGUUCUCCAGCAUACACCUACUGUUUACCUCAGCAAAGAAGUCCAGUUGAACACGGUGACAUGAUUCAGUGGUAAUUCUGUUCUUUUGUGUUGUGUUUUCUUUUUUUAUUUAAUGCAAACUGAAUCAGGUCUCAAUGCCACACUUUCAGUCAGCCUUGCUUCCUGUGAAACCUCAUCAGUGUCUGUUGAAGUACCACAAAAACUGUGUUGUGAAUGUUAAACUUCCAUUCCACAUACGACGAGGUUGAUCCCUUCUAAAUAUUUUACCUCAUCAUCAUUCGAUCCUCAUCAUUCCUGCGGUUUCUAAGCUCUUCCUGUACAGUCGGUAGCUGUCAUUCUCGGCUUCUCCUCAUCCCAGGAUGCUAUGAGGUGUAAAGUGUGUGUGACGAAGGCAGUGUUAGUCUGUGGGCAGUGCACCGAACAUGUAGCUGCUACAAAGAGACACAAACUUAACAUAAUAAAUUAUCCACAUGCCAGCUGUAUAUUAUCCAACCAAUAUAUUAACGUACCACAGCUUUUAAUGUUCUAUCAGCUCACCCACUCAGUUCUUCACACAAACCAAAUCACAGUAAUCUGAACAAAACCUUUAUGCACAGAUAUAAUUAAGGAAACUUCUCUUUUCUCUCACUUUUUACACUAUCUAGUUUCUAUUUCUAUGUAUUUAACCAAGUCCUCCUGCCUAGUAAAUAAUGGCUAACUGUGAAAUUUGCUAUAGAUUUUAUUUUUGUAUCAUGAAGGUUGCAGGAGGUGUUUUCUAUACAGCUGCGUUGCCAUGUGUAACCUAAUCAGCCUAAUAGAUUUUCGACUUUGUGGACGCCCACGAUGUAAAUAUGACCUUUGUAUAGAAAUAAGGAAAUAGGACAGAUUUGAUACCUGAUUUUAUAUUCUGCUGGUUUGCACAGCAUUAACUAACAAAUUCUGUCACCGCCCCUGAAAACAUAGGCCCAUGCGUUACGGACGAGUUGCACUAGAUUUCUGCUGUCAAACGACAGGCCUACGUCACGUGAGUGUGCGAACGAACACUAAUGGAGGGUCAACUGCGACGUGUUCAGGGGAACGCUGUGGUUUUAGCAUAUUUGUACUGUGAACGGGUUUAUUUUUCGCUCGCCACGGCAGCGGCCGGCCGUCAGUGUUGUUUUUCCCAGCGUCGGCGUCCGAGGCCUAAAAGCCGUUCUGAUUCGCAGCGCUGACAUUUACAGACCAAUCAAAUCUGCCUUACAGUCGCUGAGCAGGUGACAACCUGGCUGUGACAACUGCAAAGCAUGUACAGAAGAACUUCAUUUGACUUUUCGCUCAUUAAUUCUGUGUUCUUGGUUCAGUAUCAUUGUAAUGUAUCAGCAUUUUUACCAGCCUCACCCAGUUUUGGUCGCUGUAGAUUCAAAUAGAGACACGUAUCAUCAUGCAGUAUGUACUUAAUAUACCCAUUCAUGUUUUUAAUUGUUGUUUUUUUAAUAACUGUUUUUUACCUGUUGGUAUUUUUAGCUCCACACGUCAGCGACUACUAGAAAAGGAAGACGUGUUAGUGAGUUAGUUCAUUUAAAACAAUGCGAGGGAGCAGAAUGAAUGGUGUGAGUGGUGGUGUCUGCUGAACUAGUGUCUGGUUUUGCCAAAGUCUUCUUUUCUAUGCAGCGUUGUUGGGCUCACUGCCCUAGGGCCACUUUACUUUUUGGGGUUGAAACAGUAAAAAAAUAGACUAAUCUUUGCAUUUAUUUCCUGUAGUCCUGUAGACCUACAGUAGAGCACUUAGCUAAAUACUACUGACAAUACUAUUGUUUUCAAUUCCUAGAAUAUUUUUAGGCUGCUCUCGCUCUUGCUUUUACUCUUGCUGACGGCCAAACCGGUGGAACCUUCAGGCGCCGGACUGGAGCUCGACUGUGACAUACAAUAAAGCAAGCAGAGCCGCAGAGAGACUCACUCGGCACACAAGGCUGCACAUGCUGUACGUAAACACGGGCUCAAGCUUCAUUUAGUUUGUCAGCUACAUUCCUCCCGAGCCCAAAUACAAAACAGGUCAAACGAAAGCAGCCUCUUUGCACCGCGCGCCCUCGCGACAACAUGCAUUUCAUGCGGCUGCAGCUCGGCGUCCUUCAUCUUCAGCUGGACCUCCGGCUGCCAGAACCGAGUCUCUCUGUGUUUGUCAUUAGGCUCCUCACCAACAUGAAGCUGGUCCGAUUGGUUGCAGUGUCCAGCCUUGUUGUUUUGCUGUGCAGUGUCUCUGCUCCUCUGGUUUCAGCUGUUACUGGUGUUUAUCGGUUUGAUCAGGCUAAAACAAUACGGUAGCAAAGGUCCAUGCAGUCGAAAGCUGGGCCACGAUUUACCGUUAGUCAGCACCUCACAAACUGGACCACCUCCAGUGGAAUUACUUUGCCUUUAGCAGUGAUCUGUCUUUGUGGAAAACCAUUUUAAUAGCUUCUGCUUUCACCUGAACAGACCUCUCUUUGCUCCAUAUGUUCUGUAACUCAUGUAUAAUUCAUACAUAUUUUUUCCUGAAGGCGUCAUGUUUUUCCAUCUAUAAAUAUUCCCACUUCUGCAGGUGAUAAAUUCUUUAUUUCCUGUACGACCUCAGGGCCUCAGGCCUCCCCACAUCCUCGGUUGUCGGAACAUGAGUAAUAUUUCAUUGCGGGGCUCGACUUAAUUUUGUUUCUUCACUUUCUAAAUUUGUGUUUCCUCUCAUCACUUCUUAAAGCUGCGAACGUCUGUCCUCCCACACGCGUUUUACAUUUUUAUAUGAAUGCAUUUCUGUUUAAAUCAUUUAAUGGAUGGUUGUAACGAGGCCAGUGAUGUCACCAGAUUUGAGAUUAAGUCAUGCUGCUAGACAAAUUUAUGUAAUGUUUGUGUUUUUGUCAAAGUAAUUUUGAAUCUGUAUCAAAAAGGCACAUUUUUCUAAUAAACCAACAAUAAAGAUGUACUAUGAAAACAA